CGGACGGAGUCAGUUCCACCCCAGACCUCGGCGCGGGCGCGCGUGUUAAGUUCUCCACUGUCGUGUUGCGACGUGUACGAUCCCGUCCAAUUAGUGCUCGCGCGAGAAACGAGUUAAGUGGCCGGUUCGGCAAGUGAUAUACGGAGGCUUAGAGCAUAAGCGGAAUGGACUAAUGUGCGCGUUUGACGCGAUGUUCGUGUGCGAUUUCAGUGCCAGCUGAUGAGGAAUUGAACUAUGUAAAGUGAAGUUAGUGAAACCAAAACAAUGUGUCCGGCGUGUGUUACACGGGCGCUGCUGGUGAUUAGCGCUGCUCUGACAGCGUGGAGCGCUUCUCUAUCGGCCACCACAGGAGCGCGCUACCAAGCACCUGACGAGUGCCGGUGGACGACAGACGACGACGGCUCAGGAGUCGCGUUACAGUGCAGACUGAGGACUAUUAACAGUGAAUUAGAAAACACAAACUUUAGUGCAAUACAACCACAUCUAACAGUGCGGUUACACCUCGAGUGCAGCGAUGCACUUUUGUUCCAAAGCUCACUAGCCCCCGGCAGCUUCCGACAGUUGAUUGAGCUGCGAGAGCUUACAAUAGAAUAUUGCAAGAUCGGAAACCUAUCUGAUGGCGCAUUUACCGGUCUGCGUGAACUUAGAAAUUUAACCAUUAAAACUCACAAUACCGAAUGGUCUACUAUGUCACUCGAAAUAACACCCACGGCAUUCUCGAGAGAUGUUCAAAAUCUUGAGAGACUAGAUCUCAGUGAAAACAAUAUGUUAUUGUUUCCCGAAGGAGCACUUUGCACAUUGAGGAACUUAGAAUAUCUGAAUAUGACGGGAAACCGAAUGCGAGAUAUUAGUCAUUUUCAGUUCUCAACUGCUCAUCGACACCCGACCGAGAAAUGCGGAGAUAACUUGACUAUAUUGGACCUGUCACGAAAUAUUAUUGACACUCUGCCUCCUAGUCUCUUAUCUGGUCUUAGGCGGUUAAAGAAACUUUACCUACAAAGUAAUGGAAUGAACUCUAUUGCAGACAAAGCGCUAGAAGGGUUAAUUUCAUUGACGACAGUGAAGUUUUCAGAUAAUCAGCUGACGAGCUUGCCUCCAGAACUUUUUAGUGAUACUAAAGAAUUAAAAGAGAUAUACUUGAACAACAAUACAAUAACAGUCUUGGCACCAGGACUAUUCAGUGACCUGUACCAGUUACUUGUUUUGGACUUAUCGUACAACGAGUUGACCUCAGACUGGAUUAACACCUCCACGUUUUCUGGAUUGAAACGACUGGUUUACCUUGACUUUUCACACAAUAGAGUAUCAAAAAUGGAAAUUGCUUUAUUUAGAGAUUUACACAACUUGCAAAUAUUGAAAAUGCAGGAAAAUUUCAUAGAGCAUAUUCCAGAAAAUGUAUUCAGCUCGCUAAGCAAUUUGCACACAUUAAUUUUAUCGAACAAUAGACUGACAAAUAUUGAGAGUUAUGCAUUUACCGGCCUGCCGGCAUUGUCAGUGUUGUCAAUAGAUAGCAACCGCAUUUCUAAAAUACACCCACAUGCCUUGCGCAAUUGCUCAUCGUUACAAGACUUGCAUAUUAAUGGAAACCGACUUGAUGAGGUCCCGACCGCUUUGAAAGAAAUACCUCAACUUAAAACUCUUGACUUGGGUGAAAACUUGAUAAUCAGUAUAGAAAACGCAUCAUUUAUGACAAUGCAGCAAAUGUAUGGAUUGCGCUUGACGGAGAACAACAUCGGUAACAUAACCAAAGGCGUUUUCGACCGGAUGACUUCUUUGAAAAUAUUAAACUUAUCAAGAAACAAAAUUCAGAGAAUUGAAAGCGGCGCCUUCGACGCAAACGUCAAUUUGCAAGCAAUUAGACUCGAUGGAAAUUCUUUAAAAGAUAUCAGAGGACUUUUCGUCAACUUACAUAAUCUCGUGUGGUUGAAUAUUUCCGACAAUCAAUUGGAAUCAUUCGACUAUGCGAUGAUACCAACUGGACUGCAGUGGCUAGAUAUUCAUGCAAAUAGAAUUGCCGAACUUGGAAAUUAUUUCGAGAUUGAAUCACGCCUAUCCCUUAGCACAUUCGACGCCAGCUCUAACAGAUUAACGGAAAUAACUGGCAGCGCAAUCCCUAACUCAGUGGAAAUGUUAUAUUUAAAUGACAAUUUGAUUUCUAAAGUGCAAUCAUACACAUUUUUCAAGAAACCAAAUUUAACAAGAGUGGAUUUGUACGGCAAUAAAAUAACGAAUUUAGAUCCAAACUCGCUACGAAUAUCUGCCGUGCCACAAGAUAAAUCAGUGCCAGAGUUCUUCAUAGGCGGAAACCCAUUAGAAUGCGAUUGUACAAUGGAAUGGUUGCAAAAAAUAAACACUGGAAACAGGGCAAGAACCCAGCCAAAGUUAAUGGAUUUGGAUAGCAUAUACUGCAAAUUGCUUUACAAUCGUGGAAACUCACAUGUUGCUUUGGUCGACGCCGCGCCUCAUCAGUUUUUGUGUAAAUACGAAUUUCAUUGUUUUGCACUGUGCCACUGUUGCGAUUUUGAUGCUUGUGACUGUGAAAUGAGUUGUCCGAAUAAUUGCACAUGUUAUCACGAUCAAUCAUGGUCGGCUAAUGUUGUGGAGUGCUCAAACGCCGGGUAUGUGAAAACGCUGCCCGAAAGAAUACCGAUGGAGGCCACGCAACUGUAUCUCGACGGUAACGACAUUAAAAUGCUUCCAAGUCACGCUUUUAUCGGAAGAAAGAGGCUAAAGAUCCUAUUUUUGAACUCAUCAAACAUCGAAACCAUUCACAACCGAACAUUUAAUGGCCUGAGAGAACUUGAAGUGCUCCAUCUAGAUCACAAUAGCUUGACAACAAUAGAAGGCCAGGAAUUUGGCGGCUUGGACAAUUUGCGGGAACUGUACAUUAACAACAACAAAAUAAAACAUAUUGGAAAAGAAAUGUUCAAUCACAUGUCACGAUUAAAAUUAUUACAUUUGCAUCACAAUAGACUGGUUACUCUGACUGUGUGGCAAAUCAAUCCGGCGAUAACAGAAAUAACACUUUCAUUUAACCCGUGGUCAUGUGACUGUGAAUACACUGAAAUGUUCCGUGAAUGGACAAAGCGAGUGAGUUCGAUAACAGAUUUAUCAAACAUAAAAUGCAUUUAUUCAAAGGAUAAUCACACAGACUUAAUGAACUACGAUGAUAGCAUUUACAACAAACCAGAGUCUGGAUUCAAUAUCAUUUAUGAAAAUGGCAGUAUCUGUACGGGACUUCCAAGUAUAAAUAACAGCAUAAAUGGCAAUCUGACAGCCACAAAAACAAUAAUAACUAACGAAGAUGUGCAAGAUUACAUACCACUACUUGUGGCGACUCUCGUUGCAUUUUUAGUGGUGUCAUUUGUGAGCAUGGUCGUGUUUAUAUUCAGACAAGAAAUGCGAGUGUGGUUCCAUUCUAAGUUCGGGGUGAGAUUGUUCUAUCGAACGAGUGACAUAGACCGAGAAGACCGUGAAAAAAUGUUUGACGCGUUUGUGAGUUAUAGUUCAAAAGACGAAGCCUGGGUAACUGAAGAGUUAGCGCCGGUAUUAGAAGGAGGCGAUCCUUCGUACAAGCUGUGCCUUCAUUAUAGAGAUCUACCCGUGGGCGGGUAUGUGGCCGAUAACAUAGCGCAAGCUGUAGAAUCAUCACGUCGCACCAUAAUGGUACUCAGUGAAAACUUCAUAAGAUCCGAAUGGUGUCGCUUCGAGUUUAAAUCUGCCCACCAUCGUGUUUUGAGAGACCGUAGACGAAGGCUUAUAGUGGUGUUGCUCGGUGACGUGCCUCAGAAGGAUCUCGACCAAGAUAUAAGACUGUAUUUGAAAACUAACACGUAUCUUCAUACUGGAGAUAAGAUGUUUUGGGAGAAGUUGCGGUUCGCGUUGCCGGACGUGCCUGCUAACCAGAGGAUAAGAGGUGUGCCUAGUCCAGGGGGAGGUGUGGCGAUGCACAGGCACCAUCACCCGAGGAGCCACUUGGGAGCGUUGCCCCCUCCCCCUGUGCAUGGCGCCCACCCCGUGCUGCCCCCUCAUCCGUCACACGGGCCCCACCAGGUCCCACCGCGAGCGUCCCCACGUACUAUGUCCGUCCAUGUGUGAGUGCACAAGUGAACAGUGAAGUGAUAAGAACCAUAGGAUGUGUAACAUGACUGUUUAAAAUGUGAUGGCUAGUCUGCUAACGUAUGUAUUGUAAAUAUUUUUUUAAACUGUAGUGUAGUAGUGUAAAUAAAGUUAGCUGAUAAGAUAGUCUCACGUGGCCGUUAACUUAGGUCUUGUAUUAAAUUCCAUAUUUUACCAGUUUUAAUUGAUCAUUGUUUUGAUAUAAACUUUGAUAAUGUAUGCAAAUAAAAUAUUAGAAUUGAUUUGAUGUGUAGAGAUAGAGAUGUUUGUUGAGCCUACCCAGGCUGUGUUGAGGCAAAGCUUGCCGGUUACUAUAAAAUGACUUAUCAUGGCAACAUUGCCACUAUCUGUGAUAAAUGUAGUUUAAGGCUAGUUUUUAUACUUUAGUGUCCUAUCGUUGUAUAUUUUGUAAUUUAGUCAUAUUAAAAAAUAUUUAUUGUAAAAAUUUACAAAAUUGACUGUGUCAAAAA